AUGUCCCGCGGCGACCGCGACGCCGUCGUCGCCGCCGUCGCGCACAUGGCGUUCGGUUCUUCGUUCUGGCACGGGAGCCACACGCGCCUCGGCAACGUCGCGGACAACGGGCUGAUCCAGGUCAUCGCGUACGCGGACUACCAGGUCAUGGUGCGCCACCUCGUCGGCGGCGUUUACCGGCGUCCCGCGGCGAGCGGCAACGCGACGCGGGACCGCGUCCUGCUGAGCCUCUCGUCGUCGCGCGACCGGCCGUCGGCCGCCGACGCCGCCCGGGGCCUCACGGACCUCUUCCUCACGCGGCCCGCCGACGAGUGGAAGGACUACAUCGCGACGAUCGACGUGCCCGACUACUUCACGACCUUCGCGGGCAUCGUCCUCGAGCUGCUCACGCUCGUGGCGCCGAACUCGCCGCACCUCGUCGACGAGGUCGUCCAGAUCGGCGCGCGGGCCUUCAACCUCUCGGACGCCGUCGUGGCCUUCAUGACGGACGAGCUCCUGCCGGCGCAGCGCGCCGCCGUCGCCGAGCUGCCGUCGCCGCUUUCGGCCCUGGAGCGCGCGGGCCUCGCGUGCAAGUUCGUCGGCACGAUGCUCAAGCUGGGCUACGCAUUCCUCUGGCAGGAGUACUUCUUCCCCUGGUCCCGCGUCUACCUGUGCAUCUACGGCGUCGCGACGAACGACCUCGGCGCGGCGCUCAUGCCGAUGGUGAACAAGGUCGCGAACCUCCUCACGGGCUUCAAACACGCGGACGCGGACCAGCAGCGGUGCGAGCGCGUCUACGCCGCGGACGACCGCUGCCGCAAGCUCGACGUCGCGCCCCACGCCAAGUGGCACGAGUCCUCGGCCAACGGGCUGCUGGACCUCGCGCUCCUCGCGGACGACGUCCACAAGCUCACGUCGACGAAGGCGCGCGCGGCGAGCCCGCUCGGCCGCUUCGCCGCGCCGUUCGCCGACGGCUGGGCCGCGCUCUUCCUGGCCGCUUAG